AUGACGACAUUGUCCGGCCCGGUAGGCGGCUCGCACGCGGCCCCCGAUGGAAAGUUCGCCUUGAGCGCCGCGCAGCCCGCCGGAUGCGGUGUCCGUUUCGUCUGUUUCACGCAAUGCAAGCACAUGCUCCGCUGCCUCGUGGCCACGGGCGUGCGCGCGCGCCGCUCCGAGGCGCUGCGGCCGGCGCGCGACUCGGGCCGCGUGCUCACGCUGCGCGCCGCCGCCGACGCCGGCCGCCUGGCGCGCCUGCUCGACCGCCCCGAGACCAUGCACGUCGCCAUCGUCGGCGGCGGCUUCCUCGCCUCCGAGCUCAGCGCCUCGCUCGCCGAGAGACUGCGCGGCACGGGCGCGCGCGUGACGCAGGUGUUCCGCGAGGCGGCGCCGAUGGCGGGCGUGCUGCCGCGCUACCUGGCGCUGGAGGCGGCGCGGCGCCUGCAGCGCGCGGGCGUGGAGCUGCGGCCGGACACGGAGGUGGCGGACAGCGAGGCGCGCGCGGACGGCGUGCGGCUGCGGCUGGCUGACGGCGGCGCGCUGGAGGCGCAGCUGGUGCUGGAGUGCGUGGGCGCGGAGCCGGCCGCGGAGCUGGCGGAGGCGUCGGCGCUGGAGACGCACCCGACGCUGGGCGGGCUGCUGGUGAACGCGGAGCUGCAGGCGCGCGCCGACGUGUGGGCGGCGGGCGACGUGGCGUGCUUCUACGACGUGGCGCUGGGCCGGCGGCGCGUGGAGCACCACGACCACGCCGUGGUGUCGGGCCGCCUGGCGGGGCAGAACAUGGCGGCCGCCGGCCCGCCGCAGCCCUACACGCACCAGAGCAUGUUCUGGAGCGACCUCGGCCCCGACCUGGGCUACGAGGCGAUAGGUAUAAUAGACUCCCGACUGCCGACGGUGGGCGUGUUCUCCGCUGACGCCGUGAGCGACGCCGCCGCCACCGCCGCCACCACCACCGCCGUCGCCGUCGCCGCCGCGCCCGACGGUGGGCACAAAGAUGAGGAAGCGCCUCUUAAGGCCGUAGCGGGCGCGACGGACGCGGACGGGCGGCGCUACGAUCGCGGCGUGGUGUUCUACCUGCGCGAGCGGCGCGUGGUGGGCGUGCUGCUGUGGAACCUCUUCAACCGCAUGCACGUCGCGCGGCAGGUGCUGGCGCAGGGCGAGUUCGAGGACCUGUUCGAGGCCGCCAAGCUGUUCGCGCUGCACGAGGACGAGUGAGCCCCGCCCCCGCCGCGUCGCCACACACGAACACAAUACAUUCGCUGCCCACCACGAUGCCGUUUUAUUUCAAA